UUUAGUCCUUUACAGGCUGUCAGUGGUGUUGUGUGUUUUGUUGGAUGGAUAUGGUGCCAGUGAUACGGUGACGAAACUGUACCUUUACGGAGAACUUUAGGAGCCAUUUGAAAGUCGGGAGUUGUUUUCAGUUUGAAGAGAGAGAUGGCGGGGAUCAUUAAGAAACAGAUCCUGAAGCACCUAUCCAGGUUUGCAAAGAACCUUUCCCCAGACAAGAUCAACUUGAGUACUCUGAAGGGGGAGGGGCAGCUUACCAACCUGGAGCUUGAUGAAGAGGUGCUGCAGAACGUACUGGACCUGCCAACGUGGUUAGCUAUUACCAGGGUCUACUGCAACAAGGCUGGCAUCAGGAUACAGUGGACAAAGUUGAAGACUCACCCAAUUUGUUUGUAUCUGGACAAAGUGGAAGUUGAAAUGAGAACAUGUGAAGAACCACGACCUCCAAAUGGCCCUUCACCCAUUGCUCUUGCUGCUGGUCAAAGUGAGUAUGGCUUUGCGGAGAAAGUAGUUGAAGGAAUGUUUAUCACCGUGAAUUCAAUCACCAUUAAGAUUCAAGCCAAGGCUUUCCAUGCUUCAUUUGAACUGUGGCAGCUACAAGGAUAUAGUGUGAAUCCCAUAUGGGAACAGAGCGACCUGCGUUUUACUCGCAUUACUGACCCACAAAGAGGAGAGGUUUUGACCUUUAAGAAGUUAACUUGGCAGACUCUACGCAUUGAGGCUGAUGCUAUUGAGAGCGGGGAACAAGAUUUUGCAAGCACUCCACUAAGACUCAUCACAAACCAGGGGAAAAUCCAAGUCGCUCUGAAACGAAGGAUAAAAGACUGCAAUGUGGUUGCUACCAAGCUUAUGGUUUUAUUAGAUGAUUUACUGUGGGUAUUGACUGACUUGCAACUGAAAGCAAUGAUAAAAUAUGCAAAGUCCCUGACUGAAGCCAUUGAGAAGUCAUCACAGCAGAGGAAAAGCCUGGCACCAGAUAUCCUACAGGCAACAUCACCCACUUCUACCUCUCAGCAGAUGAGAUCACAACAAGCCACAUCAACUGGAACUCCCAACAGCGUAAGCAAUUACUUUGAGCGAUUUGAUGUACGGGAGACCUCUUAUCACCUUUUGAUUUCUCGGCUGGAUCUACACAUCUGUGAUGAUGGAUACUCCAAGGAGCCAGCUGAAAAGCGUCGAAUCACAGGAGGGGCAGUGCAGCUCACCUUCAGAAAACUGGGAUUUGACUAUUAUCCUUUCCAUUGGGCAGGUGACAGCUGUCGACAUUGGGAGAGGCACUGUGAUGCUAUGGAGAGAAGGAGCAAAUGGGCAAAGGAGCUUCUAAAGGAGUUCCAGGCUAAAGUAGAGAGUUAUAAAGUGCAAACUGCCAGUGCAUCAGCCAACCCUUUAGCAGCAGAUGUGCAUUUUAUUAAAAAAGAUCUUUUAUCGAGCCCCAAAAAAAGUCCACCAGAGAGGGAUAAAACCAAUGGGCAUCCAUCUGCUCCUCCUGCAUUAGGAUUUUUGCAGCCACAGUGGAACAGGUUGCGAUCAAGUUGCCUUGUUAUUCGAGUGGAUGACCUUGAUGUGUAUCAGGUGUCCACAGCUGGCCAUCAUGGUAAGAAACCCUCCACCCUGCUUUCUUGUAAUAGGAAGUCUCUUCAUCUUCCUGCCAACAUCUCAGCCAUACACAUGGAGUUUACAGAAUAUUACUUUCCUGAUGGCCAGAAAAUUGCUGUUCCCUGCCCUAAUCUUUACAUGCAGCUGAAUGGCCUGCAGUUCACACUGGACUUCCUUAGCAUACUGUGGCUUAAUCGGUUUGCCCUGAACCUCUAUCAGAGCCUGCAGCAGUUUAAAGCAAUCUAUAUGCUAGAAGACUCGAACAAGGAGGAGCAUAUGGACAUUCGUAUGGAUGGCUUUGGCUUAAAGUUCAUUAUCCCAGUGGAGAAGAAAGUCACUGAUCACCCAGAUCGUCCUCAAAGUCUUGUCAUCCAGAUGACCACAAUGACCACCACUAACACCCGACAUUCACCUCACUGCAGUCGAGCAGACCUUCAGCAAGUGUUCCGUACAUUUGCGGCUUCUGAGUUCUUCCAUUCUACAUUUACACAAUUCCCCAAGACAAGCAGCAGCUUUAAUGUGCUCCAGACACUUUUCCUGCAUCAUGCUUAUGAAGUGGAAUCUAAACUCCAAACACACAAAAAUUUUACACCUGACACUUUCAAAAUGUCUUCUUCUGAGGAUAUUUGGUCUGUGCAUUUUGCACAACUAGCUUUGCAUUUUGAGGGGGCAUUGACUUCAAAGGGCAAACCUUUUAGCUUUGUAGAUCCAUUUCCCCUCUGUGUUUGGGUUUGUCGCCCAACAAAGUUCGUACAGUCCCAGCUGGUAGAAAGGAUGAUUGAGCCCUCAGGUCUGAAGGCGCAAAUUAAAUCCUCCAUUAGCUUUAGCAAUCAUAUUGAUUGUGACCAUUUUACUGUAAGACUUGGAAACAGCCAAAGAUCUAGAACAGUACAUGAGCUGAGGGAUGUAGCUCCCAUGGAGAGUAAUACUAUUCUAGUAGAAGGUAAGCCUCUCACAAAGCAUCUGGAUGCGGAGGCUUUUGCAGAGUUGCACCUACUUGUACAAACAGAAGCUCAUGUAAAGCUACGCUUGAACCACUACCAGUAUCUGGUGCUGCUGCGUCUGAAGGAGAUGCUGACAGAGUUACAAGAAGAACUGGCUUUGGACACACAGGAAAUCACAGGGACACAGUUGGAGUCCAUGUCGUGCUGUAUUGGAGUUACGCUCACUAGUGCAGAGAUUGCUUUACUGCUCCAGCCCAUACCUACCUCAAGCUAUGAAGCAAAGUCAACUGACUCAGACAGCAGCAGCCUGACUGAUUCUGAUCUUUCACCCUCAGGGAGCAGGGAGGCACUAGCCACAGAGGAGAAAGGAUUAACAAAUGAAAUGUCCAUAGUUAAGUCAGCAGCAGGUUCUACCAAGGGUCUUGAAGAUAGUGGUAUUGAAAAUGUUGAAGCAAGCAUUGGAUCAGCAGCAGGGGGUGACUUACUGCCCUUGCACCGCAAUGGGACUGUGACAAAUACACAUGUGGUUUGCCCUACAGUCAAUGACACUGAGAACGUGCUUGAUGGAGGUUCUGUGGAAGAGGCCUUUGAAGCAGAGGAAUCACUUCAUUCUGAAACUGCUGCUGCUGUAAAUGAAGUGGGCUUGGUCUGUGACAACCAGAAAUGUCCUGCAAGUCCUUCCACAAACUCAUUGUCACUUAAGAGCAGGAGCACAUCUUUUAGUGGGUCUGCUGAAUUAAUCCCACUAAAGCAUUUGGAGGUGGAGUUAACAGGCGCUCUCAAUUUAACAAAAGAUGUCACCAAAGAAGCACUGAAAGAGGCCGUUUCCAUAACAAAGGAUGCCUUCAGUAUCAGCAGGGAAAAAAUGACUGCCACCAUGCAGCGAAUGAUGUCCUUGCCACCAGCCAGAGAUCUGACUUCUAAAAGAGAAGAAAAUGCUGUUGUCUCUACAACUACUGGUAGCAGUAAGCUUCGUACUGUUAUGAUGAAUCGCACAGCAUCUCAGCAGUCUUUUGAUUCGACAUCCCUUGAUGGUAGCUUGCUGGAUGACAGGCUCUCUGUAGACAGUGAUGGCAGUGAAAAUUUUGUGAUAUUAAGUGAUAUAGAGUCUGGUGUGGAAUCAGAUCUUCUGUCUCAUCCUUUGGAAGACACUGGGAGCAGGCCAAGCGCAUUGGACAGGAUUCGAGGAAUUCUGGAUGGAGAUGGGAAGACAUCUCCAGAUAUCACAAGUUCAGCAUCCCAUAGCACAGAGGAGUCUAACCAGGACAUGGCCUCUGUUGUAGUUCUCAAGAUGUCGGAUGUGAACUGCGGAAUUGAUGUUCGAGGUGAUGAUUUGGCAGUCAUGGUUCAGGCUUUGGAGGUCGUGCCAGAUCAGCUUGGUAACGUUGUGAUGCAGCAGUAUUUGGACAGCAGCAGUGCUGGUGACCUUGGCUUCCAAAAACUAGUUUCUGAGAUUACAAGGACUUGCCCACAGAUGUGCUUGCGUCUUGAGUCUGGACCAGCUGCUGCAGCCCACUCUCCUCUGGCAGUGAGGAAUGGCUUUUUGCAUUUGAAGAUAAACAGCUACAAUGCAGAGUUACUCCUCUCAUCACUCAACAACAUUGUUCCCUUCCUUGAGGAUGAGAUCAUACCGGAGGUGAUUCCCAUGAAGAUUGAGAUUGUGGAUACCCAGGUCACCUUAAAGGAUGACGGCCCAAGAGUUUACCCCACAUCCCCUGGUCCUGUUCCUGUCACAUUUGCAGUGGAUCGACUGACUAUGCAGCGUAUAGAUGAUGGAACGUUUUGCAUUAAAGUAGCACCGGUGGAUCAUCUGCCUUCAGUGACAAAUCAUAAACGGUCUUCCCUUAGCAUGGAACUAGAUGGCACAAAGUCUAAAAGCCCACAGGAUGGCAGUGCAGGGAGGAGUAAAGAGGCUUCACUGGAAGAUCAGUAUGAACAGUUAAAGAAUGAACUUGAAUCCACAAGGAUGGCUUUGGCCAGAGCGAAGACAGAGAAUGAAAGGCUUCUGUGUGAAGUUAAGAAACACAACCCUGAGUUUCACCUUUAGUCGGGACAUCUGAGAGCAGGAAGAAAAAGGAAAAAACAAGUAAUAUUUCUGAAGAUGUGGUUGGAGGUCCUGUGGAAAUGACUUGAAUGGGGUUCAAUGAACUGAAAACAAAGCUUGAACACAAAAUUGCAGUGCAAUAAAGGUUGGAGAAGGGAAUGCAACUCUAGUCAUAAAAAGAACUAACAUUAUUGGUUUAACACUGUUUCCUCUUCUUUGGCCUACAGUCCAGUUUAAUCAGAAAGGUACAUAGUUUGUACUUUGUGUCUGCAGCUGGCAGCACUAGUACCCAGACCCACUGCCAGUGAGGAGACUUUUCUUUGCAGACAGUUGACAACCAGCAUCAUUCAUCAGACAGUCUCAUGUUUUUCCUUAAGGCAUAAGACAUUUUUUAACUGCUGAACAAAGUGGCCUGGUUUUCAUGCAACUGUGAUGGGGUGUUGACGUAUGUGGUACGUAACUGCUGUUUACCUGGAAUACUGGAAGGAACUCCACUGGAGAACAAAAACUGGUCAGGGAGGGUUCCUGUUGCUUUUAUUGCACUAGAAGUUAAUGGAAACCCAUUGAAUACACCCCUGGUAAAACCAUUUCAGUAUUAAGAAAACCUGCACUUUCAUUUGAAUCAUGUUAAAUAAGAAUUUGCUGCUUUUGUGUUUACCUGUGUGGGGACAUCAAUUAAAAGCAUUGUGUGCCUCUACUGAUAGUUACUAACAAUGUCACCUGGUGGUGCAACCAAAAAGGAAAAAUGGAGAAAAACACGGAAAGAAAAGGAAAAAUGAACCUAGAAAGAAGUGUUACAACAUAUCUUAGUUAGGAUCCCAGGGUGAUGUGUGAUUGUCCUGCCACAGAAGUACUGUUACAACAUAUGAAUAUGGAGUGUCCAGUAUGUUUCACACCCUAGGAGUGUGUUUGUGUGCAGGUUCCUCACAGUUGUGCCUUUACAAAACCUAUUGUGAGCGUACAUGUGGGUGGGGGUAUAACAAAGGAAAGGAGCCAUUUUAUUUGCUAGUGGGUUUCAUAGUUGCUGUUGAAUAUUUAAGUGCAGAGCCAUUUUCCUGAAAAGUAUAAAAAUAAGGCUGAAAAAUGCCUACAGCAGAUGCAUGAAGAAUGUUUAAAGCCACUUGCACCCCCCCCAAAAAAAAAAUGUAUGCCAUAAUAUCUGUUAUCAGUAGCACAGCCAGAAUGGGAUAUGACUCAACUUGGGGAGUAGGAGAGAGGAUAAGUUAGAGUAAAUAAUUUUAUGGCAGUUGUAGUGAAUGUAGUCUUAACACUGCGCCAGGGUUUACAGGUCACACACAUAUGUAAAUAUAGUUUUGUUCAAACAGCAAGCUACCCACUGUAAGAUAGUAACGUCAGGCUGGUGUCUAGUAGUGCUUAUGUAUGUAAAACAGCAGUACUGAAGAUGCUUUACAGGUCAAAGAUAUGAAGAUUGGUUGUGAUGUCAUGGUGUUAAAACAUAGAAAAACAUGAACACAGUAUUAAGUAAUGAAACCAUUCAUUCACUGUGUUGAUAACAAGGUAUCUAGGGCUGCUUGUGAGUAGGAACAGUUGUCAGAGUAUUUGGUUAUUUUGUUACCAUCAGGCACGAUGUACAGGGAAUUAAGACUCUGAGCUUUUGAGUGGCUUCCUCUAGCUAAGAGUACUGGGUUUGAUUUCUUCCACUUCCAGUUUGCAUGUUGUUCAACUCAGAGUUACUUAAUUAGACAAUGCUUCCAGGUUGCCAUGAAAAAGGACUCUUGCUUCCAGUGGGGUUACCCAGUUAACAAAUCUAUAAAAUACAAUUUAAAAGAAAUGUAAUUCAGGAAGUAUGUAUAUGUGCUAACAGACACAUCACUGUGAUACCAAAUUCCAUUUUUGUGUUUUGGUAGUUAAGUAACCAUUAAUGAUUACAUUUCCCAGUAGCAUGGUCGUGUCUGCAUGGUAUUUUGGCUUAACUUGUUCUUUAUUACAGCCACCUCUUGUAGUUUAAUUAUGUUAAGGAUAGUGUAACUCUGUAACCCCUUCCUCGGGGUGAACUUUGUAAACAAAAUUUGACAUGAAUUGUGAUACUGGAAACUGCUUUAACAGCCAGACAUCUCAGAUUUAGUUUGCUGUCCACCAUUUGGCAGUAUUUAGGUUGGUGAUGUUCUGUUUCUAGGUGUUUUCAAGAUGUGUGGCUCCAGUUCUGUUUCAUAUGGGAGAGAGUUUUCUGUAACUGCUGUACAUGGCACUUAAAUGUUCUUUUUAGAGCUUUGUAGCAUUUUAGUAAAUUUAUUUAUUAACCAUUUGAGUUUACUUAUCUCAGCAUAAGUCUGUAAGCCACAAACUGUGCCAUUAACCAGGAGAGAGGACAGUAUAACAUUUAGACUAGGUUGACAGAUUUAGCUAAAAAGAUGGGUGCUACCCUGUAGCAUGGCAGCUGCUUUGUUUAUUCUGUCAGCUCAGCUCAGGGUGGUGUGUAACAUGCAUGUUUUAUCAGAAUUACUUUAUAUGUGGACACCAGGCUCUCAGUUGCAUCAAAUCCGUCAGUUUAAAGUGGAACCAACAAUACCAGUUGCACCUCUGACUUCAUCUGGGGAUCUGUUUAAUAGUAUUGUUCCUGGAACAGAGAUGGAUUCCUUCUGGCAUUUUUUCGAUUUAGGGUGGGAGCGAGUAUACCUUUUCUGUUUCCAAAAAGUAACACUGUUUGGAGUUUGUGGAAGAAAUCCUACCUGCUAAACUUAGGAGGAGUGACACGGGGUACCAUUUCUGAAGUGAGCUAUCUGUUAGGUAACAUUUUGUUUAAAGGUGGCAUUAAAGUAUUUUGUGGAGGGCAGCCACAGCUAGAGGCAUUGAGGGAGGAUGUUUAUAUAAUAACUAGACUAUAUUCACACUGCACAGCAGAAUGCACUUAAUUGUUUUGAGUGUUAUGUCUGUCCAUUUUGAUCACUUUCUACAAUUUCAAUUGAGGUGUUUAAUAGUUUAAUCACUUUGUGUUUCUCCUUCUCUGAGGUCAUGCCAGAGAAAGCAAAAAUACAGUUUUUCUGAUUUUUCACCAUCUCACUGAUGUAGAGGGAUAAAUCCCCAGGUACAACCCUAGUGUUCUGGGUUCAAUUAGCAGUUCAGACAGUAAAGCAGUUGGUAAGGAGAAGAAGAGAUAUGAGAAGGCCAAGAAUGUUCAUCUGUUUCAGAGGAAGGGUGGGACACACACACAGGGUUUAUACUUUGUGUUAGAAUCUCCACUGCAUACCAGAGAUUUUAUAGAGACACUUGUUUGGAAGGACCAUCUGAGGGGUUCCAUCACUCCCAGAAGUGGAUAAUGCUCCCUCACUAAUGCCUUUUGUACACUGAAUCCUUCCCUAACUGUAGGCAUAUACAGUGCAUGUGAGGUCCACAUCACAACUCCCCAAGUGAUGACUGAACCAUGAUCAGCUCUCUUCAGUUUGUGAAACAGAUGGGCAGAAUCACAGUGAUCAACAAAAACUGUAUUGCACUUUCUCUGAGAUGCAGUCAUCUUGAGGUGCAAAUAAUAAAAUAAGUGGUGAAGUAUGAAUGGAAUAUUUUUAAGUAGUAUUGAACCAAUCCUUUAUGCAUUUGACCUAAUAUUGUGCAAUGAUGUAUGAGUAAAUUAGUUUUGGGUUAACAUGGUAGACUGAUAAGUGGACCUAAAGUAGGGAGUUGGCAGAUUGGGCCUCUAUUUCCAUUUCAGUGUGUCAUAAAGUAGUCACACGUCAUUCAGGCUGCAAAUCUUUUUUAUGGGUAUAUGGUCUGUUAUCACUUGGCCUGAGAGAAUCACAGUAGAGACUCCACCUCAUGUCUUACUGUUUGGAGUAAAUCUUGUGGAGCAAACAGCAUUUGCACCAUUGUCAUCUUCUUGGAGCUUUCAUCACUGAAGGCUAGGGCUUAGAACUCUCUUCUUCUGCACCACUGGUGAGCAUCUAAAUCACGUCCUGUGGAUUUUCUCCUUUGGCAUGAUCCUUAUCAGUGACAGACUGCCAGCUGGAGUUGAGGGUGCCCUGCAAAUACGCCCCCCAAAUCAUACUUCUUCCUGCACAUUGAAAAUGUGUUGGAAGAUGAUUGGUGCUUGUUACAGUUAGUGACAGGUUAUUGUACUGCAGUGUUGGGAUUACUCUGUCAUCCUUCCUGUGUUUCCCUGCACCAGGCCAGAUGUCUGGUCCUUGAUUCUCUAUCCUUUACUUAGCCUGUGACACCUCUUGCUGGUGAGGAGGAGGACAAUCAGCAUGUGACUGGACAUUCCUGAAGGAAGACUGCUGAAUUGUCUGCAACUCCUGAGACAAAGUACUCCAGGGAUAACUACACUGGAAGUCAACUGGGAUGGUAA